AUGAACGGGCAACCUUCAAUUCGGCCAGAACAAGGAUCCUAUGUUCAGUUCCAGGUUGCAACGAGCCAACCUAUAACCUCCUACAACCGAAAAAAAGACGUUUUGGCAAAGCUUCGCGACUCAAUUCCCCAGAACGAGACUCAGUGGCAACAGGCCCGUGAGUUCCACGGCUAUAGCACAGCAGAGAGCGUACUGCAGAAGACCAGAACGUACUGGAAAACAGAAUCUCAAAGGCAGAUCUGCGGAACUUCUUAUCAAUCGCAUCUUGUUGUGUUGAUUGGCAUCUGGGGAGCAAACAAGAGGCUUACCAAAACUUCAAGAUAA